AUGCAGUUGAACAUGGGAGAAGGGAAGUCAUCGGUAAUUGUGCCAAUUGUUGCAGCAUCCAUUGCCAAUGAGUCUUGCCUUGUCCGAGUACUUGUCGCAAAGCCGCAGUCCCGGCAGAUGUUUCACAUGCUGGUCUCCAAACUUGGGGGAGUUAUGGAUCGACGCAUCUACCACAUGCCAGUGUCUCGCGGUCUUAAACUCGAAAAUGCUGAAGCAGAGGCUCUUGAACGUAUGUGCGUUGAGUGUAUGGAACAAGGGGGGGUUCUUCUUGUUCAGCCAGAACACAUACUUUCGUUGAAGCUAAAGUGCAUUGAGUCGUUCAUUAUGAAGAAGAAGGACGUUGGAUGCUCUCUCCUUCGCGUUUUGAGGUUUUUCGAAAAGUACUCCCGUGACAUUGUGGAUGAAGGUGAUGAAAACUUCAGCGUCAAUUUUGAGCUGGUGUAUACUGUGGGUGUGCAACGGUCAAUCGAGCUUAGCCCUCACCGUUGGAUCCUGGUCCAACGGGUCUUGGACAUCUUGCGAAGAGAGGGUCCUAAGCUCCGACAAGAGUUCCCACAUUCAAUUGAAGUUGAGGAGCACCAAGUUGGCCGUAUUCCUAGGAUUCGGUUGCUUCGUGUGGAUGCUGAAAAGGCACUUUUUGAACGCAUCGCAGAACACAUUUGUGAAAUUGGCAUUGAUACACUGCAGAUUUUCAGACAGCCUAAACAAAUGCGACAGGUUAUCAAACGAUACAUCUUACAGCCAGACUUGACGCAAGAAGAUAUUGCUGUUGUUGAGGACAAUGGUCCGGCCGGAUUCUGGACCAAGAAUUCUGCAGGCCCUCUUCUGCUUUUACGUGGUCUACUUGCUGGAGGUGUUCUGGGGUUCUGUCUUGGUCAAAAGCGCUGGCGCGUCAACUACGGGCCUGAUCCUAACAGAAAUCCACCGACGAGCCUCUGUGUCCCCUACCGAGGCAAAGACAAUCCUUCCCUCCGUUCUGAAUUCAGUCAUCCCGAUGUAAUUAUCAUCUUGACGUCUCUGCGUUACUACUACGCUGGGUUUAAUGAACCAGAUCUCUUCUUGGCACUCAGUCAUCUUGUCAGAUCGGAUCAGGCUGAUAUGGAAUAUGAGGAGUGGGUGACUGAUGCACCUUUACUUUCUUCGGCAUACCGCCAACUAGUGGAUGUCAACCUUGAGGAUCGGCAUUAG